CCUAACAGCGCCCAGAUUGGACAUCGAGCGUUUCAUGCGAAUGCAUUUCUCGGCACUGGCAAGUGACCGCACCACACCGGUCAUCAUUGUCGGAGAUUUUAACGCUGACAUUGCCAAGUAAAAAAAACUGGUGGUUUGUCCAGUUCGUCGCCGAUGAACGUCGCCACUCAGCCAACAACCCCACAUGGAAUGUGCUUUGACCUCACGUUGACUAAGAACGUUUCUGCGGUUAAAACUGAAAAUUUAGCCGUAUGACCACAAAGCAGUGGUGACGAUUGUUACAAAAUAAAUGUUUUCCAAAGUUUACUGUUUCUCUCGUCACUGUAUCGUAGGUGACGGUCCCCCCACAGCUUCGCUGACCAACCACCUUCACAAGAUGGAAUGGGUCCUGAUUAUUUAUUUUUAUUUUUUAUUUUAUUUUUGCCUUAUCUAAGUGCAUCUAGAAUGCAAGCGAGAGCUUGCGCGGACAAAGAACGCGCGAAAAGAAGACAUCUCACCAAAGUGACCGAAUAAUGUUUUCGCAUUCCUGCACUUGAGCAGUAUGAAGUGUAUCUGCCGUAUUUUAAAGCUAGCGCUGUUCGUAAGAGCAGAAUCCAGCUGAUUAUCGUGUCGAACAUGUCAUUAGCGGAUUCGAUUGACCAAUGGCAAACAGCACUUAAAGAAACAAAAGGGUUUUUUGGAUCAUUAGUCCCCAGAGCCUCAUGCAGGAAAUUACAUGAACACGCCCACAUGUGCGCACACACACAAAGCACACCCAGGGAGUAAUCGCAUUCGGUUCGGCGAGGUUCUGCAAGUUUAGCGCGGCCAUUCGUGAUAUCGUUAUUUUCGGCCUUGAUUCACGUUUAGCAUAUAUGUAAUGACGUUACAGACCAGAUUAGUUUAUUCUUUUUGGUUUAUUCCUCUUCGUUUUUUUAUAGUCGCACUACGAGUGCACUAUACGAGGCGCCCGACGGAGUCACAGUGGGAAAGACGACGACGACUAUGUAGGCGCGCGGCAGCAUAGGCGAACGGUGGUGACUGGCCCUAUGGGCGGCUUUAUUUCGACGCCAUUGGCGCAGCUGGGCUUGAUAUCGGCAGAGGACGAUCGUCCGGACUCCUCGGUGCAACCUGCCACCCGGUCGAGGGUCAUGCAGAUUAAUCGUGAGACACAUGGUAGCAAGACGCGCACAAGAAUACGCGUCGUCCUUCGCUCGAGAAGCUCGUCCUCGUCCGACACUACCGUGUCAAGCGAAAGCUCCCAAUCAUCUGAGUCCUUACCGUCUGAUAUCGCCAGUGAGAGCGGAAGCAGCAACACUAGCCUCAGCACCAUGGGAAGCUCGUCCUUCGUUUCUUCCUCGUCUGACUCAUCGUUUGGGCUAAACAUCAUCUCCAGUGCCAGCAGCAGCAGCUCCAGCAGCGUGUCUUCGGAUGAGCUGGCCACAAGAUCUCCUCCGCACAAGCGCCCGCGGCGUAGGUGGUUGUUCAGGUCUCACCGCUGGAAGUCCUCUCGCCCCGUAGGCACUGACGAGCGUGCAGAUGGUGGAGAGGCCGGCGCGAGUGGUGGACCAGGUGCUCCCGGCACCAGCGACGAACUGCUGUCGAAGCUUCGCGAGAUGGAAGAGGCUUUGACCUGCGCCAUCUGCAUGAACCGGCGCCGUAACAUGGCGUUCAUGUGCGGCCACGGAUCUUGCAGCAGAUGUGCGGCCCAAAUUGACAUCUGUCACAUCUGCCGACGGCCAAUUGACAAAAAGAUCAGGCUUCAUUAGGCUCUUGAGUUGUACCAACUCGCCCAGCUUUUCAUCCUUCUUCAUUAGGCUCGCCUUCAUGCUGGAGCGGCAUAAUUAAAAUUCCUUUCCUCAUA